AGAGAGAGAGAGAGAGAGAGAGCGAGAGAGAGAGAGAGAGAGAGAGAGAGAGGUGCAGUUUUCUGGGUCGGCAACAGAACGCGCAAAUUGAGUGUGGCACGCGGAAUAUUGGCCAAAUUUACUCAAACAUCAGGAGACGCUCAAAGGAAAGCGAACGAGAACGGUCGACAACGCCUAUUUCUCUGACACGCUCAAAUUAUCCGGGCAGGAGCAGCCAUGCCAUUUGGCUGUUUAACUCUGGGGGAGAAGAAGGACUACAACAGUCCUUCAGAGGUCACUGAUAAGUAUGACCUGGGACAGGUAGUGAAAUCGGAGGAGUUUUGUGAAAUCUUCAGGGCAAAGGAUAAGAACACACUGAAAAUGUACACCUGUAAAAAGUUCCUGAAGAAAGAUGGAAGAAAAGUACGGAAAGCAGCUAAAAACGAGAUCCUCAUCCUGAAAAUGGUGAAGCAUCAUAACAUCCUCCAGCUGGUAGAUGUCUUUGAGACGAGAAAAGAGUACUUCCUCUUUCUGGAGCUAGCCACAGGAAGGGAAGUGUUCGACUGGAUCUUAGACCAGGGCUACUACUCAGAACGUGACACCAGCAAUGUGAUCCGGCAGGUGCUUGAGGCUGUGGCUUACCUGCAUUCUCUUCAGAUUGUUCACAGAAACCUAAAGCUGGAAAAUCUGGUCUACUACAACCGUCUGAAGAACUCCAAAAUUGUAAUCAGCGAUUUUCACCUGGCCAAACUGGAAAAUGGUCUUAUCAAAGAGCCAUGUGGCACACCAGAGUACCUUGCUCCAGAGGUGGUUGGCAGACAGAGAUAUGGCAGACCGGUGGACUGCUGGGCCAUCGGGGUGAUCAUGUACAUCCUACUGUCAGGAAACCCACCUUUUUAUGAUGAGACAGAAGAUGACGAUUAUGACAAUCAUGAUAAGAACCUAUUCCGGAAAAUUCUGUCUGGAGACUACGAGUUUGACUCACCCUAUUGGGACGACAUCUCUGACUCAGCAAAAAGCCUAGUUGCAUGUUUAAUGGAGAUAGACCAGGACCAAAGAGUGACCGCACAGGAAGCCAUCAAUCAUGAGUGGAUAUCUGGAAAUGCUGCCUCAGACAAGAACAUCAAAGAUGGUGUUUGUGCUCAGAUCGAGAAAAACUUUGCUAAAGCUAAAUGGAAGAAAGCUGUUCGUGUUACCACCAUGAUGAAGAGACUCAGGGCUCCAGAUCAGAGUGACUCUGGAGCCUCUAGUCCUGCAAUGGGAGCCUCAGGAGGACCUGUUACCCCCAGCAGCACCCCUGUUCCCCUGGCUGCCACACCAGUGCCUGCCUGCACCACCCUGGUUGGCCAGGAUCACCCCUAGGCCCAGACACAGGAGUCCUCGACUCCAAUGCGGUGUAAUGGAGAGAUGUUAACAUCCCAGCAGAGUAGUGGGGAGACUAGGGAGGAAUAGAAUGGCUGAUUACAUUCAGACAAAUAUAGUGGAAAAUAGAACAGCACCCACACACGACAUAUAAAUUCAGUUCAAUUGUUUAAUUAAAGUUCAAUUGUGCUUAAAAGCUUGAUCUCCAUUUUACAUUUUCAUUUGUGCAAAAUGCUGUUAUCUAGGAAGACUUUAAAAUUUAAAUCCUAGUCCCAUAGUAGUCCAUCUGUAUUUUCUUAAAUAGCUUUAUCAAAGAAAUAUAGUUUGUUACUUCUUAAAUAAUAAUAUGUGUUUUAAUUUCCAUUGUUAAUUCAAACAAAUUCAAAACUUCCUCUUCAAAACAUUGCUACCAUCUUUUUAAUGGUAUUAUACAAAAUAAUAUCCAGUACCUGUGUGAAGUUUAUUUAGUUCUUAUAUUUACUUAAAAAAAAAAGUUUAAUUAAAAGUUUAUGCAGUUAAAUUAUUUUCAGUUGUAUUUAUUACAUACCUGAAAUUUACAAGUGGAAAACGGAUAUUUUCUAGACAUUUGUUGUUUUUUUCAACAUUGCAAAUAGCAAAUGACCAUUUAAACAAAAAUGUAGCCUGAAAAGAUUAAUUUUAGAGCCUUUAAAGAAGAUAAUUCACCUAAACACAAACAAAAUUAAAGCAGCAGAAUAUUGUGUGUCUGUAUAAAAACAUAUAUAACAUAUAUAAAUUUUAAUACAGACCUUUAUCCAAAUGUUUGUUUGAUCCAGAAGAGCCCAGCUGCGGUAUUACAAUUCAUAUCAAUAUUUCAUCGCAUAAUAUUAGCAAACCAGCAACUAAAACUGCUGUUGUAUUUCCUUCAUGGUCAUGUCAUUGUUUUUGUCAAUACUAUCAGUAUAAAAUUACUUGGUGUUUCUGUACUGCUGAAUCAUAUUUAUUUUGCUGUACAAUCUUUACAGAAAUUAUGUAGCUCUUUUUAUUCAGUAUGCCCUUAUAUCCGUAUUCUAUAGAGUACUGCAUUUUAUAUAGAAUAGAACUGGUUUCAUUGAGUCUGAUACAUUGAGGCCUACAGGUUGCCAGAACGUUCUGUAAAUGUGCAGUACAAACAAAGCAAUAUGAAUAUUGCUGUAAUACUGUGAAACUGCUCUACAGAUGAUAAGGUGUUCCUGCCAUAUUUCAUACAGGUAGCCAAGCAAUUUGCUCUUGAUGGUUGUUUGUGUACUCCUCUCAUAGCUGUAUAUUAUGUUCAGUUAUUGUAUUUAGCCAAAAAUCUAGACCUAAUUUUUACUGUCCAUGUGGAGAGAGAUGAAUCAAAAUGUCUUUAAUCUGCAAAUCCUGCUGUAGUUCAUGUCCAUUAUGGCAUAUUUAUUUGUUUAUUGUUGUUUUAAUUGAUUGUCUUUAGCAUGAUCUCAUAUUAAUUUUUAAGUAUUAGCUGAAUAUUCUCCCCAUUGUACAUAGCUUCACUGAGUUUUCUCUGUUAGUACUAUCUCCUGGAGUGUCUCAGUAAUGUAAAAGGAUCAGACAUACAUUUUGAUUGACCUCUGUCUUAGGGUGACAACCAUUUUCCCAGGACAAAUUCUGGCCAGGAAUUCUAUAUUACCUAAAAUAUCCCGUUUUUGGCUUUGUUUGCACUGUGCAGACCAAUUGUUGUAUGGCAAAAUACUUUGAUGUACUUUUGCUGCUUCAAGUCGAACACUAAAAUGUACACAUAUGUGCAUCGCUUUGACCAUUCUCUGUAGAGCCCACCUUCUCAUGCACUACGAUUGGUCGAUUACACACAAUGUCUGCAUGUUACUGGUCAAACGAUCAUUACUUUCAUUAAGUGUGAAAACAGGAAACCAAAGGCAAAACCUGGAUAUUUUAGGCAAUCUAGAAAUCCUGGCCAGAACGUGUCCUGAGAAAAUGGCACGUUUGGUCACCAUACUCUGUGUGCAUUAGUUUGACCUCUACUGAAAACCAGAAUUUUCUCCUCUUUAUGACGCACUGACUGUAGGCUCUGUAAACACUGAAAUAUAUUUUCUGAGAAAAGUUUUCACAGAAGACAGAGCAGAAAAAUGUUCAGAGUAAAAUGUGUGAUUCAUCAUUUUCAUGUAUCAGAUCAGCCUAAUGUCUUUGUCACUGUUUGUGGCUUCUGUAUUUUGUUACUCGAUAUGCAGAAUAAAUGUUUUUGGACAGUG